AUGGCUCAGUUAGACCAAUUGCCAAUCGAAGUCCUUCUUUUCAUCGCAGAGUAUUUGCCCGGCCAAAGGGACAUCAACGCUUUAACGCAAGUCAACCGAAGUCUUUACCACCAUCUGCAUUUCUUUCUAUGUCGAUAUAAUGUCAAGCAUCAUCAGGGCUCAGCCUUGAUACGGGCCGCCAAGAAGGGACAUAUCCGUUUGGCAACGAAGCUACUCAAUGCUGGCGCAAACAUCGCACACUUCGAGAGCCCAGCAGAAACAAAUCAUGACAGAAAUACUCGUCUUUCGGAAAUUGAGAACCCGCUCUUGCUUGCCGCCCAGGGUGGGCAUAUUGCAAUCCUCAAAUCCAUGCUUUCUGAGACACGGCCGGGUCAAGCAUGUUCACCAGCUCAGCUGCGCACUGUCCUCCAUUGGGCCAUCCGCGCUCGCGACAGUGAGCUCGUGGAACUCAUGAUCCAUCAAAAGGCCCCCUUAGAUCCAGCAGGGGAGGAGCGGGAAGCGCUCUCCGCCCUGGGGGUUGCUGUAGUCUCAAGAGACGAAUCCAUCAUUCCCCGUCUGCUCAACGCGGGGGCACGGCCAGGUCAGAACGAAGAACCGUGCCCCAUCGCAAGGGCCAUAGAAACUGAUCAACCACAAGUCGUCAAACUUCUUCUUGAGCAUGGUAUCAGACUCAACAGCGAUACAGGUCUAUGCUUUAUAGCAAGCCGAAACGACAAGAUCCUACUCCAAUGUUUCAUUGAUUAUGGACUGGAUUUGAGCAUGGACGGCCAUGCAGCGUUGUUCACCGCUAUCAUGGAUGGCCAAUACGAGAUGGUCGAGUUUCUCAUUGAAGAGGGCGCAAACCCGCAUCUGGAGUGCGAAUUAUGGACACAUGAUGAGAAUGGCUUUUUUGAGACACUCUUUUAUAGCUCCAUAGGGUUUGCUAUUCACUUUCGGCGCCUGCAAAUUCUGAGGCUCCUGCUAGCAAAGGGUGUCCUCCCAGGGCAGGGUGAUUUGUGCUUAGCAGUGAAGAAGGAGUUUGAGGAGGCAGUGGCACUGCUAUCCAAAUUCUCCAACCAAGACUUACCCCAAAAGGAGAGUAUAGAGAAUUAUCUCCUUUGGCAACAGAUAAACAGACAAGAUAACGGUCUUGACUUCGAGAUCCCGCAUAAGUCGUGGUUCGUUUUCGAUUCUAUGCUGCCUCAUCAUUGA